AUGAAGUCCAAGUCUCUUUAUGCCCUUCUCAAUGCUGCGCUCUCCGCAGCAGCAAUUACGCACCCCGGUCUCCUUCACACAGAGGAUGAUUUCAUGCGCAUUCAGGACUUCAUCUCGUCCAAGACCGAGCCCCAGCUGACAGGCUGGAAUAAACUUGCCGCCCACGCAGACCCAGAUUACACGCCAUCAGCCACCGAAACGGUUUGCCGUGGCUCCAGCUGCGACCCCGAGAACUACCCGAGUCUGUAUCGCGACAUUGCCGCCGCAUACACCAACGCCGUCUACUGGAAAGUCACCGGGGCGGAGCCAAAUGCAGACGCUACAGCGACUAUUCUAGAUGCGUGGAGUGGCACACUGAAUUCUAUUGAAGGGAACUCGGACCGGUUUCUCGCAUCUGGGUUAUAUGGGUAUCAGUUGGCAAAUGCAGCCGAGAUUCUGAGAGGGUACGAGAAGUGGGAUGGGCUUCAGGGUGUAGUGGAAUUGCUAGAGAGGAUAUUUUUGCCGAUGAAUGUUGAUUUCUUGCAGAAUCAUAACGAUGCGGUCAUCGAUAAUUAUUGGGCGAACUGGGAUAUCUGCAACCUCGCUAGCCUGCAUGCUAUUGGCGUCGUCAGCGACAACCAAACUGUGAUCGACCAGGCGAUCACCUAUUUUAAGGAGGGUCAAGGCAUGGGUGCUCUGAACAACGCUAUAUGGACCAUUCACGAAGAGGAAGGGUCGGGGAAGCCCUUGGGCCAGGGCCAGGAGGCUGGUCGUGACCAGGGACACAGUCUGCUUGAUUUUGGGCUCCUUGGCGUGUUGGCACAGCAAGCGUACAAUCAGGGUGAAGAUCUUUUUGCGUUGGGGGAUAACCGCAUUCUUGCUGGCGCGGAGUACGCCUUCAAGUACAACACUGGCAACGAUGUCCCCUUCACUAGCUAUACAAACUCCCAUGGUACGGCGGACGUAAUCAGUGCUAGUGGGCGGGGGGGAAUUCGGCCGAUAGCCGAAUUGUUGUAUGCACAUUAUAACGGAGUCAAGGGUUUAAAUGCCUCGUGGACAGGGGCCUACAGAGACUUGGUGGUCGAAGAUGGUGGUGGUGCUGAAGGAGGAAGUGGUGACUAUGGAUCGAACAGCGGAGGGUACGAUCAGUUUGGCUUUGGCACUGCGCUGUUUAGGCUGGAUUGA